AUGAACACGUCCACAGCGUGCAACGGAACAACGCUUCCAACCUCUACCUCUUUUCAGAUACCCGCAGGACGUCCAUUUUGCGGCUUCGUCGGAUUUGCUCCUUCUUCUUCUGGUAGCUCCACGAUUCAGUCGUGCUGCGUCGGUCCGGUUCUCAAUGGCAGCCAGUACGAUGGCAGUGCAGCAGGGGCAUCGUCAGCACGGAAGUACGAAGGCUGCAUCGUCUACUGCCAGGUCUCAGAGCAGUAUGAUGGACGUCCGACAAACUGGAAGAGCUGCGUCGAGCCGCUGCUGCCUUCCCAGGCAGGCAAGCAAUGGACUUGCGAUACUGGAAGAAACGACACGAUCCAAGGCGCCGUCACGAACACCUCUCAAACCGGUCAAGGCGACGGACGAGGUUCUGUGAACGCAGCAAACGUGGUCAAGAUGACAGCCUUCGAUCAAUUCUUUUCCCUGGCGAUGGCGGUACUGCUCGGCUUACAGUUGCUCCUGCCUGUCGUCGCAGCGACGACGUUGGCCUGA